AUGCCGCGCUCAAGUGAAAAAGACAAAAUUGUAGCAGUUUUGUGCCUAAAUCAUAUGAUUAAUUUACUGGAUAUGAAUUCGAGCAACGAGGAAGAUGAAGCGAUUGAAAAUUUUAAUUCAUACAUGCUUUGUGUGCUAAAUAAUCGCAGAGGUGUUCACCUUGGCAUUCCAAAAUCAUGCGAAUGCGAGCAAACGGUGCUCAGAAAAUUCGAUGAUAACAGGUUCUAUCAAAUGGUUAGGGUCCGUCCCGAGGAGUUUUGUUAUAUUUUAAACUUAAUAAAGCAUGACGAAGUUUUUAACACAAGUUCAAGGGAAGUGCAGCUCCCAGUAGAAUUGCAGUUUAAAAUUGUACUUUACCGUUUAGGAUCAUCCGGUGAAGGACAAUCUGUGCGUAAAGUAGCUUUCCUUUUUGGUGUUGGUGAUGGGGCACUAUUUUCCAUUUUAAAAUUGAAGUCUAAAUUCCUAUUUUGGACCCAUGAAAGAGAAAGGCAGCAAAUUGUGUCCUCAACCAGCACAGAAAUGCCGGGAUGUGUUGGAUAUGUAGACGGUUCUGAGGUUAAACUAUCUGAAGCUCCUGUUAAUGAGCAUACGAUGUACUAUUCUCGCAAACGGCAAUAUGCGGUCAAGCUUCAAGCUAUAUGUGAUUAUAAAUUGAGAAUAAGGCAGUUAAUAGUUGGUUAUCCGGGUAGUGUACAUGAUGCAAAAAUAUUUUCGAACUGUUUACUCUUCAAACAUCCGGAGCGUUUCUUGUCAACCUCGCAGUGGAUAGCUGGGGAUAGUGCCUAUCCACUGAAGCCCUUUUUAAUUACGUCAUUCAGACAAAAUAGCAGCGAGUACACAGAAGAAGAAAGGCACAGUUUCAACAAAUAUUUCUCAAAAUACCGUAUCUGUCUUUGGUCUUUUGAAAGAAAAAUUCGGUAGCCUUAAGGAACUUAAAUUCAGAAUGCAUUUAAGAUCAAAUAAGAAUCAAUGCAACGACUGGAUUAAUGUGUUCUGCAUUCUUCACAACAUUCUUAUUAAUUUUCACAUUGAAAAUGUAGACGGAAAUGAAGUUCCAGGUCCUCAGUUCGACUUACCAUUAGAAUGUAACACCAGAGAUUUUCUUUUAAAUUUUAUACAAAAUGAAACAGCUUAGUUUGUAUAUCUAGCUAACAUGUAUUGUUUCAACACUCCACUUUUAUAUGUUUAGGCACUCGGAGCUUUUAUGUUUAUGUAAUAGUAGAGUACUCUACAUAGCACAGUGUGAGCUUUCGACACUCUUGGUGGAAAAAUUAUUUCUUUAAGAUUUUGGUCAUUAUGUGGAUUAUUUAUAAAUGAAAAACAUACAUUUUUCUUUUAAAUAUACUUUAGAAGAAAAACUUAUGCUUAAGGUACAACAGUUUAAUUAAAAAUAUUCCAAGAAAAUUUACUUGAACUCCAAA